GGCAGCUCGGGCUUCCAGGCAGCCGAGGUCGCCUGGCCGUACUCGGAGUCACCCGAGGCGCUGGCGCGCGCGGCGCGGGAAGCGGGCCUGCGGCUGGUGCUGAUCAACACGCCCUCUGGGGACCGAGAGAGAGGAGAGAUGGGGCUGGGGGCCGUUCCCGGGAGGCAGGCGGCCUUCCGAAAGGGGUUGGAGCAGGCAGUGCUGUACGCCAAGGCUCUGGGCUGUCCCAGGAUCCACCUGAUGGCUGGCCGAGUGCCCCAGGGUGCUGACCGAGCAGCAGUCAGGAGUGAAAUGGAGACCGUUUUCCUGGAGAACCUGAGGCACGCGGCUGGGGUCUUGGCUCAGGAGAGCCUCGUGGGACUGCUGGAGCCCAUCAAUACCCGAGUCACUGACCCUCAGUACUUCCUGGACACACCCCAGCAGGCGGCAGCCAUCCUACGGAAGGUCGGAAGACCCAAUCUCCAGUUACAGAUGGACUUAUUCCACUGGCAGAUCAUGGAUGGCAAUCUGACAGGAAACAUCCGGGAGUUCCUGCCCCUUGUUGGGCACGUGCAGGUGGCACAGGUCCCAGGCCGGGGGGAGCCUGACAGCCCCGGAGAGCUGAACUACUCCUAUCUCUUCCAGCUGCUGGAGGAUGAAGGCUACAAGGGCUUUGUGGGCUGCGAGUACCAGCCUCAAGGAGACACGGUAGAGGGCUUGAAUUGGCUUCGUUCCUACUGGGAUAGGCGGGGCCGCCCACAGGCUGGCCAGUGAGGUCCCGCCCUGUGCCCAUGUGCCUCUGCGGGACAGUGCGCUGAGCAUCCCGAAUCUCCCGAACUAAAGACCACCUGCUGACCAUU